AUGGGUGCAGGAGAGUUAUGCUAUGACGAAAUUGGAAAGGGAUUUAGAAUGUGGAGUGAAAUGAGCGGUGAAUUUGGAUUAAGUACCCAAUUACUCGGGAGAACUGAGAACCAGGAAUUGUUGUUAUGUGACAAAAAUCAAGAAAAGAUAAUGACUAAUGAUCGUGUUGAGGAAAUUAUAACGGAAAAAGGGAAGCAAAGAAAGGAGAUUAAUAGUUCAAAAAUGUUGUCCCGAGAUACAAUUUCAAAGUACUUUUACAUGCCAAUAACUCAAGCAGCCAAGGAACUUAAUAUUGGGGAAUUGAAGAGGGGGGAAGGAAAUGGUAUGGAGCAAAAGUGGAAGGAUGUGAUAAAUUUAUUAGAGGAAGAGAAGAAGAAGAUGGAAGAAAUUCCAGACAUGGAACUUGAGGAGAAAACAAAGAGAUUAAGGCAAGCUUGUUUCAAGGCUAACUUCAAGAGGAGAAGGUUUAUGGGUAUGGCAGAAUUGCAGGCUUCUUUUGGUACUUAUUGCAAUAGUAGUCCAGUCGCAGACAAUAAUGCUGCUAUUGGUUAUGGCCAUAGAGAGGAAAAUGAUGAUGAUGAAGUCAUUAAGUCUCUUCUUCGACUGUUUCACUUCCAGUAG